GGUCUAGAUGGUAGGUCACAGUAAAGGAGGUGGGGUGUGGGAUGGUGGGGAUCUAAUAAAAGAGAAAGAGGAGUUGGCCUCCACAAAGCCUGUUUGUCUGAACCCGUAAGGGACACUCAACCAGGAAAGCAGGAUGCCCGAGCCGACUAAAAAAACAGUAUCUGCCUUCACCAAGAAACCAAAAAGUCUGACUGUUGAGGUUGGGGCCAUGGUGUUAUUUGAAGCACAGACUGAGAAGGAAGAUGCCAAAGUAAGAUGGCAACGGGAUACCAAAGACAUCACAGGAAGUGAUAAAUACAUAAUAUCUGCAGAAGGCAACAAGCACUCACUCACCAUAAGCAAUGCUGCGCCUGAAGAUGCAGCAGGAUAUGCAGUUAUAUCCGGAGGCUCAAAAGUCAAAUUUGAGCUUAAGGUCAAAGAAGCAGAGGCCAAAGCACCAGCAAAGGCAGCACUAAAACCCCCAGCUGAAGCAGCGCCCCCUGCUGAUGCUCCAUCAGAGCCCUCAGUAGAUGGCCCACCAGCUGUCCCUGUUCCCUCUGAACCUCCUGCGCAAACUUCAGAGACCAAUGAUCAUGCCCCAGACCAUCAUGAAGGACACCAUGAGGAAAACCAGAACCCUGACACGAGGCAGGACCUCACCGGACUCUUUUCAGAAAAACCUCACAGUGGGGAGGUGACUGUGGGUGAGAACAUCACCUUUGUGGCAAAAGUGUGUGGAGAGUCCCUGCUGAAGAAACCCACUGUCACAUGGUUCAAAGGAAAAUGGAUGGACUUGGCCAGCAAGUCAGGAAAACACCUGCAGCUGAAAGAGCACUAUGACCGCAACACCAAGACGUAUACCUUCGAGAUGCACAUCAUUGCAGCCAAAGCUAAUUUUGCAGGAGGAUAUCGAUGUGAAGUGUCAUCCAGAGACAAGUUUGACAGCUGUAAUUUUGAGUUGACCGUGCAUGAGGUUCAAACAGUGGAAGGGUUCGACAUUCGUGCCGCAUUCAGACGCACGAGCAUAACUGCAGGCGGUAAGAAGAGGAUGUCAGCAACGGGAAGUAGCACAGAUUCAGGAGAUGCAGGAGAGCUGGACUUUAGCGGUUUACUCAAAAAGAGAGACAGUUUCUUAAAAAGUGGCCAACGCAUGGUUCAGGUGAGCAAUGAGCCUGAUGUGGAUGUAUGGGAAAUCCUGAGCAAGGCUCCGCCCACUGAGUACGAGAAGAUCGCCUUCCAGUACGGCAUCACAGAUCUAAGGGGCAUGCUGAAGAGAUUGAAGAAGAUGAAAAAGGAAGAGAAGAAGAGCGCAGCGUUCCUCAAAAAGCUGGACCCAGCCUACCAGGUUGAAAAGGGACACAAGAUUAAGCUGCAGAUUGAAGUGGCCAAUCCUGAUGCGGAGGUGAAAUGGCUGAAGAACGGACAGGAGAUCCAAAAAACAGGAAGCAAGUAUAUCUUUGAGAGUGUCGGGAAUAAACGUUUCCUCACAAUCAACAACUGUUCCCUGGCUGAUGAUGCGGCAUACACCUGCAUCGUGGGAGAAGAAAAAAGCUUCACUGAGCUCUUUGUGAAAGAGCCUCCUGUUCUGAUUGUGCGUAAUCUCGAGGAUCAGAUGGCGAUGAAGGGAGACAGAGUAGAAUUUGAGUGUGAGGUCUCUGAGGAAGGAGCUUAUGUCAAGUGGGAAAAAGAUGGAGUUGAGCUUACUCGGGAUGAAUCCUUUAAGUACCGCUUCAAGAAAGACGGCUGCAAACACUCACUCAUCAUCAACGAUGUCACCAAGGAGGAUUGUGGCCACUACCGAGUGAAGACCAAUGGAGGGCAAUCUCUUGCUGAGCUCAUGGUGCAGGAAAAGCAACUGGAGGUGUAUCAGAACAUUGCUGACCUGACAGUAAAAGCUAAGGAAGAGGCAGUGUUUAAGUGUGAGGUGUCUGAUGAGAACGUCAGAGGAACCUGGUACAAAAAUGGAGUGGAGGUGAAGCCUGAUGCUAGAACCCACAUCACCCACAUUGGCCGAAUUCACAAGCUCGCUAUUGAUGAUGUCCGUCCAGAAGACGAAGGCGACUACACCUUUAUCCCUGAAGGCUAUGCUUUUAACCUUUCUGCCAAACUGAACUUCUUGGAGGUCAAGAUCGACUAUGUCCCUCGUCAAGAUCCUCCCAAGAUCCAUUUGGACUGCCUUGGCCAAACUGCAGAUUCCACCAUCUUGGUUGUGGCCGGAAACAAGCUGCGACUGGAUGUGCCAAUCACUGGAGAUCCCGCCCCAACAGUGGUUUGGACGAAGUCAGAUAAGGUCUUGACAGACUCAAGUGGACGUGUCCAUGUGGAGAGCGCAAGGGGACACUGCAUCUUAACUAUUGAGGGGGCGGAGCGUCAGGAUGAAGGCGUGUACUCUGUUAUUGUACGCAAUCCGGCAGGGGAGGAUACCGCCGAUAUUCAUGUAAAAGUUGUUGAUGUGCCAGAUCCACCUCAGGCUCCCAGAAUCCUCAGUGUUGGGGAGGAUUCGUGUGUAGUCCAGUGGGACCCACCACUGUUUGAUGGUGGCCAGCCAGUUUUGGGCUAUGUCCUGGAGAGAAAGAAGACAAAGAGCUACAGGUGGAUGCGGCUGAACUUUGACCCCUAUAAAGACACUACAUAUGAAGCUAAGAGGAUGAUUGAGGGAAUGGCAUAUGAGAUGAGGGUCUACGCUGUGAACAGUAUUGGCAUGUCACGGCCCAGUACUGCCUCCCAGCCUUUUGUGCCUAUUGCCCCCUCCGGUGAGCCCAUCGGUCUGUGUGUGGAUGACAUCAGUGACACCACAAUCUCUCUGAAAUGGAGGACUCCGGAGAGAGUAGGCUCUGCUCCGAUAGAAGGCUAUGGGGUGGAAUACUGCAAGGAAGGCACUGAUGAGUGGAUUCCAGCAUUUGAGGGUCUUACAGAAAGGAACUCUGUGAUCAUCCGAGACCUGCCUACUGGAGAGAAGAUGCAGUUCCGUGUACGGGCGUAUAAUAUGGCUGGCCCUAGUCGUCCUGCCACUCUGGCCCAGGCUGUCACCAUCCGCGAGAUCAUGCAGCGUCCGAAAAUUUGGAUCCCUCGCAAUCUUCGCCAGACCAUCAUCAAAAGAGUCGGGGAGACUGUGAACCUGGUGAUCCCAUUCCAGGGAAAACCUAGACCUAAAUUGACCUGGACGAAAGACGGUGAGCCCAUUGACCCGAAGCAGGUGAGCGUACGGAACAGUGAGACAGACAGCAUCCUUUUCAUCAGGAGGACAGAGCGUAAAGAUUCUGGGCGAUAUGAACUCCAGGUACAGAUUGAGAAUGUGGAAGACAAGGCGUCUGUGACCAUUCGGAUUGUGGACCUUCCUGGUUCUCCUGAGAACUUGAAGGUGGUGGAUAUAUGGGGUUUCAACGUGGCACUGGAAUGGAAGCCACCCAAAGACGAUGGCAACUGCGACAUCACUGGCUACACAAUCCAGAAAGCUGACAAGAAGACCAUGGAAUGGUACACGGUUUAUGAGCAGUAUCGGCGCACUAACUGUGUGGUGUCUGACCUGAUCAUGGGGAACGAGUACGUAUUCAGAGUGUUCGCUAUGAACGCAGUGGGCCUGAGUCCGGAGCCAUGCGCCUCUAAGGACAGUGCAUACAUCCAGAAAACAGGCAUUGACUACAAGCCACCCUCCUACAAAGAUCAUGACUUCUCAGAGGCACCCAAGUUCACACACCCACUGGUGAACCGCUCGGUCAUCGCAGGGUACAAUGCCACUCUCAGCUGUGCUGUGAGAGGCAUCCCUAAGCCCAAAAUAACAUGGUACAAGAACAAGAUGGACAUCACAAACGAAGCCAAGUACCGUAUGCUCAGCAAGCAGGGUAUAUUGACUCUAGAGAUCAGGAAGCCGUGUCCAUUCGAUGGAGGCGUGUACACGUGUAAAGCUGUUAACGCCAGUGGAGAGGACAUCGUGGAGUGCAAGCUGGAGGUUCGCCCUCAAAUUACCAAAGAGGAGACGAAAAAGUGAGCUACUCAGAUUUCUGUCUGAGCGUGGACACGGUGGGGAACUCGGUUAUCCCUCCAGGCUUCCCGCUGAGCUCAGGACAUGUCAAAGGUUACAGUACAGAGCAGAAAGAGUUCAUUGUGUUUGCGUGUUCACUCGACUUUAUGCACAUACCCAAAAUCUCUACGUAAUACGUCUGCCGGAAAUGCAUUCUUUCACCAUUUCAUUCAUUGGAUUUUGUUGCUUGUGGCUUGUGUUCAUUUCAUUUCAUUUCAUUUGUUUGAGGUAGAGAUAUGAAUAGUCGUCACCAUAAUCUCCACCGUUUUAAUUUCUGUGGUGUUUUCUCUCUUGCACCUUGAAAUGUAUUAUAAUGUAAUUUAAUGAAAAAAUACAUAUUUUGAUCGAUGCUCAGUUAAAGUGUACAUCUUGAUUUGCUUCUAGUUUAAAGUCGGCUAUGAGGCUAGUAGACGGGAAGGUAAAAUCUUAUCCAUCUUAUCUUAUCAUCUUAAGCAUCUAAUAGCCAAAUAGCCCACCGUUACAUAUACAUUUAAAGACAGACAGCUGCAUUUGUAAAUGUCUGUUGCUUUGCUAUUCUGGCUUAAAUCUGUAUUUUAAAAUCUACUGUCAUGUCACAUACAUUUGUAUUUUGGACAAUAUGUGCUUUACUGUAUCCACCGUAGUUUCUCCUAAAAAAGAAAGGCAUUUUGUGAAUAAAAAUCGUCAGGUAAAUUA